UCACAACCAAACGACGUAACGACCACUUCACUACUAUACCCGCCAUACACUCUCCCAGCAUUUGUGCUGCCAUUCUCUCACCCACGUUCCUUACGAUCCUCUUCGAUUGCGCCUGCCAUUCUUUUCAGGUUGCACCUACUCCAAACCUUGAGCUCACGAGACGAAACACCACCCUUCGAACCUACUACGACGACGCGAUAAUCGGCGAACAUGUUUGUCAAGUCCACCGCUGUCCUUGCCCUUCUGUCUGUUGCCGCGCAGGUCGCGGUUGCAGCACAGCCUCCAGCAUGCGUGAUUGCAGCAGUCAACACGGAGUCUGACCCAUCAGACUUCAAGACCAUCUGCAGCUCCGAGAAAGCCCUCUCAUACCUCUCCGACAACUGCGGGGACAACCUCAAGACCGCGCAGGAUUACUUCGCAGAUAUCUGCAAGACAAAUGGCGAGGAGGUCACAUUCUCCGAUAAAGACGACGAUGACAAGGACUCCACCUCGACUGAGUCUUCGUCGCCUACUGCGACCAGAUCUGGCAGUGGCAGCUCUGCUUCAGAGACUGGCGGCAGUGGAAGCAGCACGACAUAUGGCUCAAACGCCAACAACCCAUCUGCCACCAACAGCGGCAGCACUGCUGAAUCCACAGGCGCUGCUUCAAGCGUGAGAUUGGGCAUGGACGUGCUCGGCAUGAGCGCACUCCUCGCCUUCGGCGCGAUGCUAGCUAUUUGAGGCACCGAGGUAGAAAUACCAUCAUCGGCCUCAAAUCGACUUGGAAGCAUUGCGUUGCGGCGCAUGAGGGAACAUGUUCAUGGGGGCUAUCUCUGAUGGGGCUUUACCAUGCAAUCUUGGGAGAAUCAUGUGUAGAUUCGGAAGAUUCCAUCUAAAUGCAUAACGGGCGUAGGCAAAUCGAUCUCUCCACAAAAGAACAACUUCACG